GUGCUAACGGAGACGUCUCCAUGAAAGUUGGAGGAGAGAGCGCUCAUCUUAGGGUUGGCGUAUAACUAAAACACUAUAAAUAUGGAUUAGACAAAAAGAGUCAAGUAAGUGAUACUGUAGCCGUUGAUUAAUUGAGUCGUAACCAUUGAUUAAUUAAGUCGUAAUUAAGUCGGAUGGUUGAUACCUACGGAUAGCAAUUUCUUUCUCCAACGGCGGAUUUUGCCGGCCAAUUUCUGCAGAUGACCGUGGACCGGCCAUGGUGGAUUUUGCCGGUCAUCUGCAGACUGCUCGCUUUUCCGGUGGGUCUCGCCAUUACCGCCGUGGAUGGAGGAUUGGAGGUGGAGCAAGCACAUCGGCGGUCUGUGCUCCCCAAGAUUCCACAAUCCCCACCCGCUUGAUGCUUCUCUUCUACUGCGAAGUCGCAAGCCGGCUCCACUGUUGACGACACCAAAAGGCGAUUUCUUCAGGCGGCGGCCACUACCGUCGCAAUCGACCACCUUUCUUGAUGAUGCCGCCACAGGUGAGUCCGGUGAAGGUGAGUGCGUGCGAUGUACACUGUGCUGAUACCAUCGUUACCCCAAAAAAAAGUCGAUUUGAUCCGUGCCCGGUGCCCUUGAGGGGGAGAGGGCAAAAGAUUUCCACGGCGUGUUCGUCCAGGAUAUAUAUAUAUAGAGAGAGAUCGAUGCCAAUCUGUUGCUAGAAGUUACUGGUGUGGUGUUGGGGGUGGUACAAUGCAGCUCUUGUGCUGUUUCUUGGCUCUGCUGUGCGUAGGAGCGGCCAUGGCACGGCGUUGCGAGGGGUGCUUGCGCGAGGAAAGGAAGGCGCUUUUGGACAUCUACGCCGCGUUCUCCGAUGAACUUCUCUCGCCGCCGCCGGGCGGCGGAAGCGGAGAUUGCUGCCGGUGGGAGUGGGUGACCUGCAGCCCCCGCACAGGCCGGGUCAUGGCCCUCGACCUUAGUACUGCAAUUGCACCGCCAGAUUCAGACAACUUCACGGUGCUUCUCAACGCCACUUUGUUCCUUCCACUCCAGGGCCUCUACAGCCUGUGGCUGCCCGACCUUGGCAUAAUUGGAUGCAUGCCUGGUUUCGAAGUAUGGUCAGAUUUACACAAGUUACAAGUUCUUGAUUUAUCUUUGAAUCAGCUGAAUGAUAGUAGUAUCUCAUCCUUGGCUGCUCUUUCAUCCCUACGAUCAUUAUACCUCCAGGGAAACAUUUUAAACCAUGUUGUAACAAUCCAAAAUGAGCUUCAAUUGAGCGAAAUGAAACUUGAUAGUCUUGAUCUGAGAAGCAAUUCGAUCAACGGCAGGUUACCGCUAGAUAUUUGCAAUAUGGAGAAUCUUGAAGAAUUAUAUCUUAAUGACAAUUUUCUAUUUGGAGAGUCUCCACCCUGCAUAGGAAAUCUGACCUCUCUCAGAAUUCUUGAUCUGUCAAACAAUCUAUUAACACUGAGGUUUCCCUUCCUUAGCUUUGCAAAUCUAAAAUCGCUGACCAAACUUUCCCUAUCCAAAAACAAUCUCGAAGGUGUGCUUUCCCUAAGUUCUUUCUCGAAUAAUAGCCAACUGAAAUCCUUGGACCUUUCAGGCAAUAGUAAAAGAUUUCAUGUGCAAACUGAGAGUCCAAUAACCAAUCUGUCAGCUCAGCUUCAUGUCCUGGUACUACCAAACUGUCACCUUAACGGUAAAUCCUCAAUCGUGCCAAGUUUCCUGUUGUACCAACAUGCACUACGCAUCAUUGACAUAUCUAACAAUAAUCUAAGAGGCUAUUUUCCUUCAUGGUUGAUAGAGAACAAUAUUAAUCUGUCAUUCCUAUAUCUGCGUGGUAACUCAUUCCGUGGACCUCUUGCUCUUCCAUUGAAAGUGCACAACACCUUGUUAUGGUUGGAUGCAUCUUGCAACAGAUUAAGGAAUCUACCUAUGGACAUUAACAGCACAUUUCCAAAUUUGUUCCACCUAAACUUAUCAAGGAAUAAUUUCCAUGGUUUUUAUCCUUCUGCCUUUAGGUACAUGAGUAGUCUAUCUCUUUUGGACUUCUCUUACAACAAUAUAACAGAUAACAUAGGAGCUGCGUUGGUUGGAGCUAUGUCCCACAUCUCUGUUUUGAUCCUAUCCGGAAACAGUUUCUAUGGUUCAUUUCCUCGUCACCUAAUAUUACCUUUCAUUAAUCACCUAGUGUUGAAUGAUAAUAACAUCACUGGGAACAUUCCCGAGAAUUUCUGUCAAAGUUUGCAACUGACUGUUCUUGAUGUUAGCAGCAACAAGCUGACUGGUUCUCUUCCUAAUUGCCUAUUCGAACUAUCCGAUCUUGCUGUCUUGAAUUUGAGAGAGAACUAUUUGGUUGGAUCAAUUCCAUCAGGAUUCUGCCAUCUCAUACAACUGGUGUUUCUCGAUGUGUCAAGAAACAACCUUUCUGGUCCACUACAAUGUUUACCCAAUUUGCAGUACCUCCACCUAAGUGAAAAUAGAUUGAAUGGAACAUUCCCUAUUCCAUUGCCUUCAGGAACUGAUACAUGUACGAUAGAUUUGCGAGGAAACCAAUUCAGUGGUAUCAUUCCAAGUGUGAUAAGCAAGGCCUUUACAGGGCUCAAAGUAUUAUUGUUGGGAGGAAAUAUGUUUGAAGGAGUUAUUCCAAAUGAUGUAUGCCACUUAAGGAAUUUGCGUCUGCUAGAUCUGUCCAGUAAUAAGUUUUCUGGGAAGAUACCUUCAUGCUUGAGCCGUAUGGGAUUAGAUGAUGAUCUCAACUACUUUGAAUACACUGACGAAAAUUCUACCAGCCUCGUAACAAAAUAUUUUCCAGGUGAAGAUGAUGUCUUUGAUGCCUCUGAAGGCAUCGAUUUUGUAUAUGAAUUAGACCAAGAAGUAUUCACAACCAAGAGUAGGCAAGGCUACUACAUGGGAAACAUCCUCAACUACAUGUCUGGACUUGAUUUCUCUUCAAACCAGCUGGAAGGAAACAUUCCUGAAAACAUAGGCAGAAUGCAGUGGUUACGGGCACUGAAUCUUUCCAACAAUUUAUUCAGUGGACCAAUCCCAAAGUCCUUAUCAAAUUUAAGCAACCUUGAGAGCUUGGAUCUGUCUCACAACAGCUUAGGCGGCCAAAUACCACCAGAACUACAAGCAUUACAAUCUCUGGAGGUCUUCUCCGUGGCGUACAACAAUCUUUCAGGCCCUACACUGGGUACAAAGGAUCAGUUCAUCACAUUUGGUCAGAGUAGCUAUGAAGGCAACCCAUAUCUCUGUGGUCCACCAUUGCAGAAGAGUUGCUCUGCCAUGCCCACGCAAUCGAUUCCUCAACAUGAACAAGAUGAUGACGGCGAUGAUCAAGCUGGUGAUGUGGUACUGAUUUGCGGCUCAGCAUUGUUCUACGUGAUUGGGCUCUGGACUUCGUUGGCUGUGCUUUACUUCAAGAGAACCUGGCGAGAUGCAUUGUUUCUAGCUGUGGACAGGUUCAGUGAUCUUCUCAUGGUUCGACUUUCCAUAUUAAGCAAGAGGAUCGGCAGCACCAAUUAAAUUUUCCUUUCUUGAUGUCUAAAUAAUUUCUGAUGUAUUCUCACUGAUUACUUAUUACCUAGAUGUUACGCCCCUUCCUAGCUUAAU